AUGGCAAACUCGCAACCCAACAUCCCUGGUUCAUCUGAGCUUCUCCAGGAGGCCACAGGCCGGGUUCUCAGAGGACAGUGUCGGCACAAGACUUUGGUCUCUGCCAUGCAGAUGGCAAACUCAGAUGCCCCAGGCCAGGCAGGGACAUACAUGAAUGAUGCAGGCCUGCUGGAGAGCUGCAGAGGUGCCUGGGUGAUCAUUCUGGAAGAGGUCUGGGUGAAAGGCGGCUCGGCCAGUCUGGUGUCAGUCCUGGUCCAGUCGCAGGCCGCCCGGCUGGGAUCCCAAGGCGGGAGGGCGCGCGGUGGGGCAGCUCGAGCGUUCCCAGACCUGCUCCCUACGGUCGCCGGCCCUUCCGGCUCCGACGCUCGCCGGGUGGCUGGGCCCGGCCCUCCCGGGCGCUAUCGCCCACGCCAGACGCCCGCCUGCCGCCCCCGCCCCGCGUGGGCCCGAGCUCGCGGGAGGGUCCGGAAUUUCUCUGCAGCCCGGACCGGGAGGGGCCUCCCGCCGCGGGCCCCCGCCCGCGCGCCCCUCCCGGGCGCCCGCUGCCUCUCGCUCCCUGCGCGCCCCCCUCCCGGACGCCAGCCAACUGCGUGCCCCCGGGGCCGGCAAGAAGCCACAUGCCCCCGCAAGGAAUGCCGGGCCUGGCGGGCGGGGGGCGGGCGCUGGGCAGGGCCGGGCAGGGCAGGGAGCUCCCCGCCGGGAAGGUUGGUGAGAGCGAAGAGCGAGCCCGCGCCCUCCCCGGCCCGCGUCCGGGCCCCCGCGCCGCCCCUGUGCCCGGCCCGCGCGCCCCGCUGGCCUGAUCUGGGGAUCUCACACUUACCCCGCCGGAUACCCGGACGGGACGACCCGCGAGCUCCGGGGCUGGGGGCGGGGCGGCCCGGGCACCCCCCAACCCUAGCCCCAGAGCCCCCUGUCCCCGCCAGCUCGGAGGAGGGGGCAGGCCGUCCUGUUUCCCCACACCCCUCCCAGCCGCAGCCGCCGGCCUUGGGGCCCCGUCCCGGGGCCGAGCGCGUUCCCAGCCCGAGCUGCGCUCUGGCCAGGCCCGAAGAGUGUCCCUGGGCUUGGCAUGAGGACCCUGGGGCACCGAGGGAGGGGCUGAAGCCCAGUGCAGUGGUGGAGGGCGGUAAGCGGAGAGCUGGGGAGACUCCCCUAGAGAGAGGAGGUGGGGCUGGGAGUCAGGGCUCCAGCCCCCAGCCGGCCACACUAGCACCCCCAGGCCCCGCCUGUACCUGCUCCGAGCAGGCAAAUCGGGCCUAG